UGGCUGUGGAGGUUCUUUGUCGAGAGGAGUAGUUGGUGGCGAGUCCUCAUUGAUAUUAAAUAUCCGAACCCUCUUUCACAGUGGCAGACGAAGGAGUGUAAAAGGGGCUUUUCUGGGUCCCCUUGGGUUAGCAUCUCGAAGGAGUACAGCCUAUUCUGGAAGCAUGCCUUUAUCGAUCCUGGUGGUGGGGUGGAGGUUUCGUUCUGGCACGAUUGCUGGAUCUCUAGGCAAACUCUUGCCGCUUCGUUUCCUCGUGUCGCCGCCGCUGCGCUUUACCCCGGAGCCCAGAUAAGUGAUUCUGUCUCUUUUGAUGGUGAGAGUGUCUCGUGGGAUCUUAGUCUUAAUGUGUCAUUGCGGGGUGGGGCGGAAAGGGAAAGAGAGAACCUUGUGUCGUUUCUUCAUUCGGUCGAGUCUCAGUAUACCUUCAGUGGUCCGUGUAGGUUAGUUUGGUCUCUUGGUAAUAGUGCAUCGUUUACCGUUUGUUCUCUGUACAGGAAUCUCUCCAAAAUGAAGUUUCAGGGGGUCCUGAACUUCCCAGUUCUUUCUGUUUGGAGGAAAGUUGUGCCUCUCAAGGUUAAUUUCUUCAUCUGGUGUGCUUUUCAUGCGAAAAUCCUUACCAUUGAUAACCUGAAGAGAAGAGGCUUCGCUCUCGCCAACCGGUGUCUGCUGUGUGGGGCUUCUGAGGAGUCUAUUGAUCAUUUGUUUGUGGAUUGCGCUUUCACCCGUGAAGUGUGGUCUGAGUUAGGCAGCAGAUGCAGAUUGAAUGUCUCGCCUGCGUGCAGCUUCGUGGCGACUGUCCGCUGCUGGCCUGCUAGCAUUCCGGAGGACAAUGCGAAGUGGGUGUUGUACUGCUUUCUUCAUGCCACUUGUUGGAUGAUUUGGAACGAAAGGAACGCUAGAAUUUUCAAGGAUGAGUGUCACGGAUCAGGUUAUGUCUCACGCAAGAUCUCUCGUCACGUCUCGGAGUGGUUGAUUGCUCAUGGCAAGUGCGAUAGGGUUGAUUUCAUUGGGCAGGUUGUUCUGUGA